UUCCGGUUCAACAUGGCUGCCUCCUGACUGACUGCCUGCAGACGCCGGAGCUCGUAGAGACAAGUGGUCUCGAUUUUGUAAAAAGUAUCAAAAUGCCGCUUGUCGUGAUGUGUGGAUUUCCUUGUAGCGGUAAAAGCAGACGAGCCCAGGAAUUAAAAGAGUAUUUUCUGAGCCAGACAGACAGGAAGGUGUAUGUGGUGGGAGACGAGACGGUGGGAGUGGAUAAGAACAGUGUUUACGCAGACUCCCAGAAAGAGAGGAAUCUGAGAGGAGCCCUGCGAGCUGAGGUGGAGAGGAAGGUUAACAAAGAGGAUGUUGUCAUUCUGGAUUCCCUAAAUUACAUUAAAGGUUACAGAUAUGAACUUUUCUGUCUAAUAAAACACACGCAAACUCCCCAUUGCCUGGUAUAUUGCUUGACAUCAGCAGAAGUCAGCUCUACCUGGAAUAAGUGUGGAGAUGUAGAAAAGCAGUAUUCCCAGGAAAUUUUAGAUGCCCUCAUUAUGAGAUUUGAGACUCCGGACUCUAGGAACCGAUGGGACAGCCCUCUCUUCACUGUUCAGAAAGAGGACACACUGCCAUUUGAAGCAAUCUCCGAUGCCAUCUUUCACAGAAAAGCACCUCCGCCUAACCAGUCUACACAAAGUCAGCCACUGUCGUCUACGAACUUUUUGUACGAGUUAGACAAAGUUACCCAGGAUGUGCUCAUGGCUGUUUUGAAUGCUCAAAAGACUAGUGUCCCAGGGGAGGUCUUAGCUGUACCUGGAGCCACAGAAAAAAUAGAGCUGACCAGAAGUCUCAACAUGGCUGAGCUACGCAAGCUUCGUCGUCAGUUCAUCAGUUACGCCAAGAUGCACCCAACAGAAAACAUCGGGCAAAUCGCUAACAUGUUUGUACAAUAUUUAAACAAGAGCAUGCAUUAAUAUUUUAUUAAAUAUUAUAAAGGUACACUUUAAUAUUUUAUAUGGACUUAGCAGGAACCUUCAGUUUCAUUUUAGCCAUUGUUCUUAAUCUAUUCCUGAGUCACACAUGAGAUCAAGAGUAGAAAUGGAAAACUGACUUAUCUAUUCCAUUUCACUGUCCCGAUUUCAAAAUGAACAUUGAAUACAUUGAGAGAGUGCUGAAAUUUUAUUUGAAAACCCUUCGUCUAAAAUAAAAUCCUGCAUUGUAAAUAUGCUUAAAACCCGGCCUUACAAGGCAAUUUUUUAUUUGUUUUGAUGUGAUGAAUUUUUAAAUAUUGGAGAGUAUGGAAUUAAUAAAUACAUGACGUGUUUUAAGUCUU